AUGGACAAUGAAUUUGAGGAUAGACGAGCAGUUUCGGAUAUGAUAGCAAGCAAUCAACCGAGGAAAAAACAGUCAUUUUUCUCGAAAGUGUUGAGUAUGAGAGAUAGAAACGGAAGAACAACAGAAAGAGGUUGUUCAAUUGAUUCUCAUGAAGCACUUUCUGAUUUAUCGAUCCAAAAUCAAGGCUCGGUAUCUUCGAUGUCUUCUGGUGAAGCAGUUCAGAAUUUCAAAGUUUUUGCUGCAACAUGGAAUGUUGGUGGUCAGUGCCCGAGUGGGAACCUUGAUCUUAGUGAUUUUCUUCAGGUUCGGAAUGAACCUGAUAUGUACGUUUUGGGUUUUCAGGAAAUUGUCCCUUUGAAUGCUGGAAAUGUACUUGUAUUAGAGGACAACGAACCUGCUGCGAAAUGGCUUGCCUUAAUCAAUCAGUCGCUCAACGGUCCUUCAGAUUUCGCUUCUCGCGGGUCAUUGCUCUCCCCGAAGCCUUCGCUAAAGAAGAUCAAGAAAACUUUCAAGAAAUUAAACGGAAAGAGACUAAAAAGUUGUAACUGUGUACUAGAAAUGGAAAGGAAGGCUGCUAAGGACUUCUGUUUUCGAUGCCAAGAAUCAAAUUUUAGUUUAGACGAUUCUUCCACCGAGGAGGAGGACGACAGUUUCCCGAUUUCUGUCGCUCUGGCUACUAAUCAGAUGAAAUAUAGUCUCGUUACCUGUAAGCAAAUGGUUGGAAUUUUUGUUAGUGUAUGGAUGAAGAAGGAGCUUAUUCAAUAUGUAGGACAUUUAAGAAUAUGUUGCACGAGUCGCGGUAUCAUGGGAUGCCUCGGAAACAAGGGGUGUAUAUCAGUGAGCAUGUCAUUUUAUCAGACAAGUUUUUGCUUUAUCUGCAGUCAUCUAGCGUCAGGAGAGAAAGAGGGCGAUGAGCUACGCCGAAAUCUUGAUGUCAUAGAGAUACUAAAGAACACUCAGUUUCCAAGGAUUUGCAAGACACAUCACAGUAGAAUGCCUGACAAAAUUUUAGAUCACGACCGAAUCAUAUGGUUUGGAGACUUGAAUUACAGAAUUUCUUUGAGCCGCGAUGAUGCUAAAAGGCUCGUGGAAAUGAAGGAUUGGCCCGCACUUUUCAACAAGGAUCAGCUUAAAAUGGAAAGGGAAGCUGGUCGCGUAUUCAAGGGAUGGAAAGAGGGGAAGAUCUUUUUUGCACCAACUUAUAAAUAUGCUUUCAACUCGGAUACUUACUAUGUUGAAGGUGUAAAGAUUUCAAAGAGCAAAAGGCGAACUCCAGCUUGGUGUGAUCGAAUAUUGUGGCAUGGACGGGGAAUACAACAACUUUCAUACGUGCGUAAAGAAUUCAAAUUUUCGGACCAUAGACCAGUUUGUGCAACAUUUUUGGUAGAAGUGGAAGUCAUGUUUAGGGGACAAAAGAAGAAAGUUUCCACUUUCAACAUUCAAAUUGAUGAUGAUUUUGUACCAACAAGAAGUUCAUAUUAUUCAUGA